AUGCCCACGCCCUAUCAACAGCAGCAGCAACACCAGCAGUACACUUCGAAAAAACAACAACAACAACAGCAGCAACAGGCAAACUUUAAUCCUCAGAAAGUGGCCUAUAGACCCCCGCAACAUUCUCCCAGAACUGCUAGCUCUACUUCCUUACAGUAUCAACAGCCCCAACAGCAUCAUCACCAUCCACAGCCUUCUCAGCAGCCCCCCCAACAACAGCCUGUUUAUCAAUAUCAGUCUGGACCAAACCCCGAUUACUUUCGUCAGCAACUGCGACAACAACUGCAACAGUCAAUACCUCAGCAACAGCAGUAUUCUCAACAGCAACCUAUGUACCAACUGCAACAACCGGUCUACCAGCUGAUACCCGCUCCACCUCCACCACAGCAACAGCAACACGUUCAGCCUUCUUAUUUGCAACUGCCGCAACUGGCACAGGUGAUGUAUAAUUCUCAUUCGCAGUCCCCCCAGGCAGCGGCUUCUCUUCAAUUGCAGUACCAAAAAUUUCCAACACAACAAUCCCGCUCUGGGUCAGGCACUAGUUCUCAACAAUUUGAACAGUUUCAGAGUUCCAGCACACAUGCGGUCAAUAAAAAGCCACCAUCUUCAAUGACUGGAUCCCCACCACGCACCAAGCCGUCUAACAGAUCAAAGGAGUCGAUACAAACAGAGUCAAAGAGCUCAUUGUCCAAGCAGAAAUUGGAAAUUGAGCUAAGAAGUGUUUUUGAGAAAGUUGAUGUCAAUAAAUCAGGAAGAAUAUCAGGUAAAGAGCUAUCAUAUGCUUUGUUAAACUUUGACCAUACGAGAUUUCGAGACUCAACAAUCAAAUUAAUGCUUAAUUUAUUCACAAACAAACAUGAUCCAACUGCUUCAGCAUCCUCCUCCACAUCGUCAUACAAUUCUAACAAGUCCCUCAAUUUCGAACAGUUUGUUUCUUUAUGGAAAUACUUGUCAGCAUACAAAAAGCUUUUUGUCCAAGCAGACGCAAACAAGUCGGGUGAUAUUUCAUUUGGUGAAUUUCAAAAAAUUUUAGAGCAAAUUGGUUACAAAUUAGAUAUUGACUUGGUUCUACAUUUGUUUUCCAAAUACAGCAUCCAUGAAGAAGGUGAAGUGGGAAGAUUAAAGUUUGACUCGUUUGUCGAAUUACUAGUAUAUUUACGAAAGCUAACGGACAUUUUCAAAAAGUAUGAUAAAAACCUCUCAGGUACUGCGACAAUUGAGUUUUCAGAUUUCCUAUUUGAAAUAAGUAACAUGUCUUGA